CGGCCUGUCACGCCAAAAGCACGCCAUCAUACGCCUGUCGCGCGCCAGAGGAUUCGGUUUCAGCAACAUGCUCCGCUCCGCCGUUCAACUUGACAAAUCAAUGAUUAUAUCGCCGAUGCUCUGGUUGAACAGGAGGAAGCCCAUGGCUAUAUCCGUGUCGGACUUGCUUCAUUGCCUCGGCAGCGUUGCGCAUUUCAUACCCAAGUAAAGGUACAGAAAGUAUCCAGUUUGAGGUUGCACUCUAUCCACACCUCAGCUGUUGUACAUGAUCCCGCUUCACAGGCGCCAACUAUCAAUAUGGAUUUUGUCGACAUGGAGUCAGAUGCCGAGACACCACUGCUCUUCGGCUUUGCGAGUAGCCCGCAGCAGGCCCAGAGUCCAGAUUACCACAGCAUUCUCAAACCGCACGACCCAGAGGUGGUGGCCAAGACGACGACGACCACCACCACCAUCCAGCCUGCGCGACGACAACGACGACAACCCGACUCGCACCGAUCCUUGGAGGACGACGUCCUUCCCGAGAUCGCCGUGUCCGGGCGCAACCUGGGUUGGAGCAGCGCCUUCAUCUUGAUCAUCUCGCGCGUCGUCGGCUCUGGCAUCUUCGCGACGCCGGGAUCCAUAGUCAGCUCCGUUGGCAGCGUCGGUUUGACGCUUGCGUUGUGGGUAGUCGGCGCGCUCAUCAGCUGGUGCGGGCUCGCUGUGGCGCUGGAGUACGGCUGCAUGUUGCCUCGGUCAGGCGGGGAGAAGGUCUACCUCGAGUUCACGUAUCCGCGCCCGCGCUUUCUUGCGUCGACUCUGGUGGCUGUCCAUGCAGUCGUCAUGGGAUUCACCGCGAGCAAUUGCAUCGUUUUCGGGGAGUACGUACUCUUCGUGUUGGGGUACAACCCCGGCGAACACCCAGGACAUGUCCGGCUGCUGGCGGUUGGGCUGAUGACGGUCAUCACGGUCCUCCACGGCUGCUUCCUGAGAGCCGGUAUCGUGAUGCAGAACGUCUUGGGCUGGGUCAAGAUUGUCUUGAUCGUCCUGCUGGCACUGGCCUCGGGGUUCGUCGUCUUGUCCCGUUACAGCCACGAAGGAAUUGACAGCACCCUCACCACGUCCGGCACUGAUGGCACUGGCAAUAGCCGCUUCCCGGCUACGUGGGACGGCAUGUGGGAGGGUUCGGUCUGGGACUUGGGCGUCAUCACCACCGCGCUCUUCAAGGUCUUCUACUCUUAUGCCGGCCUCCAAAACCUCCACAACGUCCUCAACGAAGUCAAAGACCCCGUCCGGACACUGAGAUCUGCGGCUACUGCGGCUCUCGUGACAGCUUGCGUGCUCUACUUGCUGAUCAAUGUCGCAUACUUCUUGGUCGUUCCGCUCGAGGACAUCAAGCUGGGCGGAGAGCUGGUGGGUGCUCUAUUCUUUGAGCAGCUCUUUGGUCAGACCCUGGGGAGACGUCUUCUCUCCUUGGCCGUCGCGCUGUCGGCAGCGGGGAAUGUUAUGGUAGUUACAUUCUCGUUGGCGCGUCUGAACCAGGAGAUUGCACGCCAAGGUCUGCUUCCCCUCGGAGCCGCGAUAUCUUCCUCACGGCCAUUCGGGGCGCCUCUCGGAGGCCUAAUUUUGCAUUAUAUUCCCUCUGUCCUGGUCAUAUGCAUCCCCUACAAAGACAUAUACUCCUUUAUUCUCAACGUGGAAGGCUAUCCAGCUCAGCUCUUCUCCCUCGCCAUCUCGCUGGGGCUACUCAAGCUGCGAUGGUCACGACCCGAACUCAAGCGCCCGUAUCGUGCUUUUCUACCUGCGGUGUGGUUCAUGGUCUUCUUGUCUUGUACCCUCCUCUGCGCCCCGUUUGUAGCCCGUCGCGGGGAGCACUGGGCUGCCCACCUUUCCCGGGUGAGCUAUGUGUUGGUUGGUUUAUCUGUCAUUGUAUUUGGCAUUCUGUACUGGGCUGUCUUGACAGUCUUUUUGCCGUGGCUCAGGGGUUACCGGCUUGAGGAAGUGACCGACGUUAUUCCUGAUGGCACAACGAUCACGAAGCUAGUUCAUACUCCAGUAGACUGGCAAGACUAG